UUCUUUCUGAUUUGUCUCUUAGUUUUCCGAUUCUAUAUAUCUGUGCAUGCUUGCAAACAACAACAGGAAGAAAAUAGAAUCAGUUUCCUUCAUCUUCUUCGUUUUCUGGGUUUUUUUUUGUCAUGGGGAGGGGUAGGGUUCAGUUGAAGAGGAUCGAGAACAAAAUCAACAGGCAAGUCACCUUCUCCAAGAGGAGAGCUGGGUUGUUGAAGAAAGCUCAUGAGAUCUCCAUUUUGUGCGAUGCCGAGGUCGCUCUGAUCGUCUUCUCCCACAAAGGGAAGCUCUUUGAAUACUCCAGUGAUUCCAGCAUGGAGAAGAUCCUUGAACGUUAUGAAAGGUAUUCGUAUGCAGAGAGACAGCUUGUUGCAUCUGAGUCUGACUCUCAGGGCAACUGGUCCAUGGAUUACAAUAGGCUUAAGGCUAAGGUUGAGCUCUUGCAGAGAAAUCACAGGCAUUACAUGGGAGAAGAAUUGGACUUACUGAGUCUCAAGGAGCUGCAGAAUUUGGAGCAGCAGCUUGAUACUGCUCUUAAGCUUAUUCGUUCGAAAAAAAACCAGCUCAUGUAUGAGUCAAUCUCUGACCUUCAGAGAAAGGAGAAGGCAAUACAGGAGCAAAACACCAUGCUAGCAAAGCAGAUUAAGGAGAGGGAGAAGACAGUCGCGCAGCAGCAGCAACAGUCACAGUGGGGGCAGCAAGACCAUGGCCUCAACUCAUCAUCCUUUCUGCUGCCACAGCCUCCGCCCUGCCUAAAUGUCGGCGGCGCAUACCAGGAAGAAGCAACAGAAAUGAGGAGGAAUGAACUUGAUCUUACUGUGGAACCUAUUUAUUCAUGCCAUCUGGGAUGCUUUGCUGCUUGAAAAUCGAUACGGUUUCAUCAAUGCUUUCGGUUUAUGUUAAGAUGAACAUAGAUCCAUGCAAAGCAUGAGAAAGAAGACUCAUGCCUUCUAUGUCUGCAUUAACUUAACAUACAUGUCUAUCUAUAUAUCUACGUGGACGAUACGUGUAUAUCUGGAUUUUGUAUUUCUCUCGUUAGUAAUUAUCAGUAGCUGCUUAUCACAAGGCAAUUUGCAUCA